AUCCACCAAAUAGGUGCGAUGAGCUACCAGCGAACCUUUCAUCGAUCCGCCAAAGUCCCAAUGUGCAUCUUAAUACUUCCAUUAAAAACCAACCUCCCGCGACUGAAUUGAUUCCCGCCUGUCAAAGUGUUUACAACUUUACAAAUAGAAGAAUGUUGUCCGGGAAGGAGGACUUUCGAGCGAAUGAUUGAGUAGUUUGGGGUUUGUGAGGUUGAUUUUUGUUCUGUGAUAAAAAGCUGGAUUUUGAAUUUGGACUCUUUUGGGUAAAAUGAUCAUGUAUACGGUAGCUGAUGACCACAUGGGGGAUAAUGAGAUCGCCCAGGUGAUCGCCUUUAUAUGCGGGGUGAUUGUGAUUCUUUUGAUGAUAAUGGGCCUUGCUUCCACCGACUGGUUGAUGGCUUUAGGAUGGAGACAAGGACUUUUUGCCCACUGCAUAGAAGAAGGGGCGCCGACUCCUCUUCCUUUUAAUAUUCAAGAUCCGCCUGGCUGUUAUCAAGCCAGAGAUGCUGGAUAUAUCAGAGCCGCUGCUGCUCUAUGUAUCGUGUGUAUUUUGGCAGACAUUGCCGCGACAGUUUUAACAGGACUUGGUCUUCGAACUCAAGACCAUCGCAACAAACAUAAAUACUACAGAUUUGCAGUUUCGUGCAUGGGAAUUGCCCUUAUUUCGCUGCUCAUAGCCUUGGUGAUUUACCCCGUGUGUUUUGCUGCAGAACUCAAUUAUGGAAAUCGACCAAUGUGGGAAUUUGGUUGGGCGUACGGAGUAGGUUGGGGCGCUGCAAUUUUCCUCUUUGGCGGUGCAGUUCUACUUCUCUGCGACAAGGAAAGUGAGGAAAUUUACUACAAGGAAAGAAAAAUCGUCCGAGACGACAUCACCGGUGGUGGUUCAAUGAUUGGCGUGGGUCAUCACGGCGGAAGAAGCGGGAUGCAACUAGCCUAGUGGCAUUGCUCCCUGCCCGAUGUUGUUCUCUAGGGAAUCAAGCACUUCCUUUUCCAUCCACACAGUUUACUGUGCAAAAGGCGAAAAGGACACACGCGGGGACUCAAAACUGUUGAAAUUCACGGUAUGCCUGCUACUGUAUUCGAGUGUGAAUGAUUUUUUAUACGCGACAUCUUCCUAAUACCUGCUCUUUUAAUAUUUACAACUGAUAAUUGACGACAAUUUGGAUUCAAUUUCUACCAACUCGGGCACAUCUCGAAAUUAAGGAAAAGCCAAUGCGACUUUCAUGCUCUCUGUUUUUCUCCAAUUGCUCUUCGGCCAUUCGAACACGUUCCGCCUGAUCCUUUGGGGACCACUUUGUCCUUUCUUUUGCAAAAUUAUGAAUUCAAACAAAACAAAAGCAAAAAAAAAAGAAGAAAAAAAAUGCAAUUAAAAAGUACUUUUCGUACCUAGUUGCAACGUGAAUCUUUGAUACUGCAUUUACGUGAAGACUGUGAUAGUUAUGAUUGGCGUUUAAAAUCUAAAUUGUUACAUGAGGUCAGGGGUUCGAUUUCAAUUUGGAGAUAAUAGGACUUCAAUUUAUUUUUCUUAAUUUCCUUAAUUUACGUUUAAGUUUAACGUAUUAUUAAUUAUGGUUAUCAAUUUGAUUUGUAUAUAUAAUUUGUAUAAACACUUAGUUUUUAAGGAUAAUUUAUUGCACGUGCAAGGCGCCGAUUCGCUUUUGUUAAUGACUGACGACUUUUAUAGAGAAUUUAAUGUACUUUAAUUAUUUCUUCAUUAUAACACUGAUCUCCGACGAAUUUUGUUCGUAUCGAAAGUGUUAGUCUUCGCUGUUGUCGAGCCAAAGACUGUUCAGUUCAAUGCGAUCUUUGCUACGUUUAUACCGAGAAAUAAGUAAAAUUAGGCAACGAGUUUUAUGUGGAUGCGAUUGUUUUUUUUUUUUUUUUCAGUGAACCCGAAAAUUUUAUCCAUUGAAUAAGUGAGCGUCUUUCGUACAAUAUGAACAUUAAGUGGAGAGCACAGUGUUUGGAUGCGUGAGUAGAGGCAGCUCGGGUAGGCAAAUAUACUACCCCAUUGCAUUAUUUGCAUUACGAUAUGUGUAUAUAAAAUAGAUACCUGCAUCGGAUAAUUUACGAACCUUAAAUUUAGGGAACUUAACUUUUAUCUGAAGGAUAGUUUCGAUGUUUUUUUUGUUUUGGCGAUAUUUGCAAGUAUUAGAGUCGCACCGUGCGUAGAUUAUUAUCAUUCCUUCCUACGUUAUAGGAUUUAGAAUUAAUGAGUAGAUUAUGUGUGAAGAGAACACCUCUGCACCAUUAUAUAGACACGCUACGCUUUUAUUAUUAUUAUUUUUUUUACGGCAACUUAUGAUUUUAAUCUAGUUGUAAUUUUGUAAGAGUGCAUUUUUAAGAGAGCGUAAUUAUCACGCGUAACGCAAAAUUAACUGUCCACAAUAAAGCGUAGUGUCUUAGGAAAGCGAUCUAAUUGUUUCUAUUCUCGUUGUUUCUAAUCCCUUCGCAAAUUCCCAUCCUCGUGAAAUCCGAAAGUCUGAUGCGAUUGGAAAUAACGAGACGGAAGUCUGGAUUCUCGAUAGUUUAUCGUUGGAUAGAAUACAUAUCAUUAUCACUGUUAUUACUCGAUAACGACGUUGCAAUGGAGUAACUUGUAAUACUAAGGCUCGUAUAUUGAAUAGAGGUACUGUAAUUUACUGUCGGCAGUAAUUUGUGUUACCAAUCGAGAGACGAUUUUAGAUUAGUGCUCUGCAUCACUUUACAUUUGACCGUAUGGCAUUGAUGUACACAUAUCACAGUAUUAUACAGAGAAUAAAAGAUAAAGGAAAAACAA